UUCCAAGGCCGCGAGCAUGGCCGGGACAGUGGUUCUAGACGACGUGGAGCUGCGGGAGGCGCAGAGAGAUUACCUGGACUUCUUGGAUGACGAGGAAGACCAAGGGCUUUAUCAAAGCAAAGUGCGGGAGCUGAUCAGUGACAACCAAUACCGGCUGAUUGUCAACGUGAAUGACCUGCGCAGGAAAAAUGAGAAGAGGGCUAACCGCCUCCUGAACAAUGCCUUUGAGGAACUAGUUGCCUUCCAGCGGGCCUUAAAGGAUUUUGUGGCCUCCAUUGAUGCUACCUAUGCCAAGCAGUAUGAAGAGUUCUACAUAGGACUGGAGGGCAGUUUUGGCUCCAAGCAUGUCUCCCCCAGGACCCUUACCUCCUGCUUCCUCAGUUGUGUAGUCUGUGUGGAGGGCAUUGUUACUAAAUGCUCUCUCGUUCGACCCAAGGUUGUCCGCAGUGUCCACUAUUGUCCGGCUACCAAGAAGACCAUAGAGCGACGUUACUUUGACCUCACCACCUUGGUGCCCUUUCCUUCCAGCUCCGUCUACCCCACUAAGGAUGAAGAGAAUAAUCCGCUUGAGACAGAAUAUGGCCUUUCUGUCUACAAGGACCACCAGACAAUUACUAUCCAGGAGAUGCCGGAGAAGGCCCCAGCUGGCCAGCUUCCGCGCUCUGUGGACGUCAUUCUGGAUGAUGACUUGGUGGAUAAAGUGAAGCCUGGUGAUCGAGUCCAAGUGGUGGGGACUUACCGUUGCCUUCCUGGGAAGAAGGGAGGCUAUACCUCAGGGACCUUCAGGACUGUCCUGCUUGCCUGUAAUGUGAAGCAAAUGAGCAAAGAUGUCCAGCCUUCAUUCUCUGCUGAGGACAUAGCCAAGAUCAAGAAGUUCAGUAAAACCCGUUCCAAGGACAUCUUUGACCAGCUGGCCAGGUCAUUGGCCCCUAGUAUUCAUGGACAUGACUAUGUCAAGAAGGCAAUCCUCUGCUUGCUCUUGGGAGGGGUAGAACGAGACCUAGAAAAUGGCAGCCACAUCCGUGGGGACAUCAAUAUUCUUCUAAUAGGAGACCCUUCGGUUGCUAAGUCUCAGCUUCUGCGGUAUGUACUUUGCACAGCACCCCGGGCCAUCCCCACCACUGGCCGGGGCUCUUCUGGAGUGGGUCUGACAGCUGCUGUCACCACAGACCAGGAAACAGGGGAGCGCCGUCUAGAAGCGGGGGCCAUGGUCCUGGCUGACCGUGGUGUGGUUUGCAUAGAUGAAUUUGACAAGAUGUCUGACAUGGACCGCACAGCCAUCCACGAAGUGAUGGAGCAGGGUCGAGUCACCAUUGCCAAGGCUGGCAUCCACGCUCGGCUGAAUGCCCGCUGCAGUGUUUUGGCAGCUGCCAACCCCGUCUAUGGCAGAUAUGAUCAAUACAAGACCCCCAUGGAGAACAUUGGGCUGCAGGACUCACUGCUGUCCCGAUUUGACUUGCUCUUCAUCAUGCUGGAUCAGAUGGACCCUGAGCAGGAUCGGGAGGUCUCGGACCACGUCCUUAGGAUGCACCGCUACCGAGCACCUGGGGAGCAGGACGGCGAUGCUAUGCCCUUGGGUAGUGUUGUGGAUAUUCUGGCCACAGAUGACCCUAACUUUAGCCAGGAAGAGCAUCAGGACACCCAGAUAUAUGACAAGCAUGACAACCUUCUGCAUGGUACUAAGAAGAAAAGGGAGAAGAUGGUGAGUGCGGCUUUCAUGAAGAAGUACAUCCACGUGGCCAAAAUCAUCAGGCCCGUUCUGACGCAGGAGUCUGCUGCCUACAUUGCAGAAGAAUACUCACGUCUGCGUGGCCAAGGCAGCGUGAGCUCGGACGCUGCCAGGACAUCUCCAGUUACAGCCCGGACACUGGAAACUCUGAUUCGAUUGGCCACAGCCCAUGCCAAGGCCCGCAUGAGCAAGACUGUGGACCUACAGGAUGCCGAGGAAGCUGUGGAGUUGGUCCAGUAUGCUUACUUCAAGAAGGUUCUGGAGAAGGAGAAGAAACGGAAGAAGCGAGGUGAGGAUGAGUCCGAGACAGAGGAUGAAGAGGAGAAGAGUGACGAGGAUCAGGAACAGAAGAGGAAGAGGAAGAAGCCUAGACACUCAGAGACCAAGGACGGGGACUCCUAUGACCCCUAUGACUUCAGUGACACAGAAGAGGAAAUGCCUCAAGUACAUACUCCAAAGACAACAGAAGCACAGGAGACCAAAGAAUCUCAGAAGACGGAGUUGAGUGAAUCCAGGUUGAAGGCGUUCAAGGUAGCCCUUUUGGAGGUGUUUCGGGAAGCCCACGCCGAGUCAGUGGGCAUGAAUCGCCUGACAGAAUCCAUCAACCGGGACUCAGAGGAACCCUUCUCUGCAGCAGAGGUCCAGGCUGCCCUGAGCAAGAUGCAAGAUGACAACCAGGUCAUGGUGUCUGAGGGCAUCAUUUUCCUCAUCUGA